GGUUUGCUGAGGGGAGGCCGGAAGUGCUGUAUUUUAGCGGCUCUGGGUGUAGAAGGGUGGUGAUAGCGGCAGCGAGGGCAGCGAGGAGGGUCACGGAAGCGCUCGAUUCUCGCGGCAGUGCACGGAUCUAACCACCACCAUGUCGAGCAAAAGGGCAAAGACCAAGACCACCAAGAAGCGCCCCCAGCGCGCAACAUCCAAUGUGUUCGCCAUGUUUGACCAGUCACAGAUUCAGGAGUUUAAAGAGGCCUUCAACAUGAUUGAUCAGAACAGAGAUGGUUUCAUUGACAAGGAAGAUUUGCAUGAUAUGCUUGCCUCCCUGGGAAAAAAUCCAACCGAUGAGUAUCUAGAUGCCAUGAUGAAUGAGGCUCCGGGUCCCAUAAAUUUCACCAUGUUCCUCACGAUGUUUGGUGAGAAGUUAAAUGGCACAGAUCCAGAAGAUGUCAUCAGAAACGCUUUUGCUUGCUUUGAUGAAGAAGCAACUGGCACCAUUCAGGAAGAUUACCUGAGAGAGCUGCUGACAACAAUGGGAGAUCGGUUUACAGAUGAGGAAGUGGAUGAGCUGUACAGAGAAGCGCCUAUUGACAAAAAGGGAAAUUUCAAUUACAUUGAGUUCACACGCAUCCUUAAACAUGGAGCAAAAGAUAAAGAUGACUGAAAAGAACUCCAAAUUGCAGCCAAAUAUUCUUUGUCGCCACAUUGGGUAUUUCUGAGACUUUCUCUUAGAGUCUAUAACAUGCCCUAGCUUUGCAGCUUUUGCCUUUCUUGUGGUAUUUAUUCUCAGCCAUUUUGGGCACAUGCAUCUCUAUAAUCAGACUGGAAAUAGUACUUUUUGUUAUUUUCAGAAUAGAAAAUAGGUAAUUGAACUUACCAGCCUCCAUCUCCCCCCAUAACUGCAAUCUACAGAGUCAAUAUAUUUUUUCAGAGAAAGUAAUUAACUCAAUUUUUUUCUGAACCAUAAUUAAAUUUUAUGAUCAAAA